AGGCUUUUGUAAGGAAGCUCAGGCAGAAAGAAAGGGGCUCUUCAUAUUGGAGUUGUCUUUUUUCAUUGGAGGGUGCAAUACAAAGGUUACAAUCAUUGGACACAGAUGACAACAUAUAGACUAAAAUAUUUCAUGCACAAAACAAUCAGUAAAACUUUAUGUUUCAGAAACAAAUCCAUAUCCUUUUCGAUGUCAGGAGGUUACAUAUUAAUCACUACAUCAAAUUAGCUCAGAAGCUACACUGAAGCCGAAUUACAUCAACGUUUGGGUGUUUGAGCAGAUCUCGUUAUAGGUUACAGAGGUAUCCUUCAAUCAGACGUUAUCUUACGUGUAGGAAAAGGCAAGGACUAUGAUUGCUUAUCUUUUAAGGAGUAGAGUGACUCAGGCAAGAGAGAUGGGAGUCCGUGUGCUCAAUCUUGUUUUGUCUUUGAAGCAUCUUUCUGGAGAGCUGCAGGUCAUCACAGAAUCAGGGGCUUUGUGAAAGUAUGCUAGCAAGCAGAAAUGAGCAAACAAGGCUUCUUACAUUUGCUACAUUGCCUCACAAUAUAACACGUUAGGUAAAGGGUUGGAUGUGACCAAUAAUUGCAGAGAAAUGGAGCCGAGCCCAUUUUAUUGACUGUGCAGGGGUUGAUGUGGAUUCUCUGCUAAGACUGCAUAACCAGUGGAAGCCAUGGAGUAUGCUGGGUGUGUCACAGCCUCACUUAGGCACAGGGUUUCCUUGUGUUUGUUCCAGGGAGGAUGGUGGAUUUUCCAGGGUACAGUCUGUCUGGUGCAGUCGCCUCCUUCCUAUUCAUCCUGCUGACAAUGAAGCAGUCAGAAGACUUUAGAGUCAUUGGCCCUGCUCACCCUAUCCUGGCCAGGGUUGGGGAAGAUGCCCUCUUAACCUGCCAGCUACUCCCCAAGAGGACCGCAAUGCACAUGGAGGUGAGGUGGUACCGCUCAGAGCCCAGCACACCUGUGUUUGCGCACAGGGAUGGAGUGGAGGUGACUGAGAUGCAGACGGAGGAGUACAGAGGCCGGGUAGAGUGGAUAGAGAAUGGCAUUGCAAAGGGAAAUGUGGCACUGAAGAUACACAACAUCCAGCCCUCUGACAACGGACAAUACUGGUGCCAUUUCCAGGAUGGGAACUACUGUGGAGAAACAAGCUUGCUGCUCAAAGUAGCAGGUCUGGGGUCUGCCCCUAACAUCCACAUGGAGGGACCUGGGGAAAGUGGAGUCCAGCUUGUGUGCACUACAAGGGGCUGGUUCCCAGAGCCCCAGGUGUAUUGGGAAGACAUCCGGGGAGAGAAGCUGCUGGCCAUGUCUGAGCAUCACAUCCAAGAUGAAGAUGGCCUGUUCUAUGUGGAAGCCACCCUUGUGGUCAGGAACGCCUCUGCAGAGUCUGUGUCCUGCUUCGUCCACAACCCCAUCCUCACUGAGGAGAAGGGGUCGGUCAUCAGCCUCCCAGAGAAACUGCAGACUGAGCUGGCUUCUUUAAAAGUGAUUGGACCUUCCAAGCCCAUCCUUGUCAGAGUGGGAGAAGACAUACAGCUAACCUGCUACCUGUCCCCCAAGGCGAAUGCACAGAGCAUGGAGGUGAGGUGGGUCCGAUCCCACCGUUACCCUGCUGUGCAUUUGUAUAUGGAUGGGGACCAUGUGGCUGGAGAGCAGAUGGCAGAAUACAGAGGGAGGACUGUGCUGGUGAGUGACGCCAUUGACGAGGGCAGACUGACCCUGCAGAUACUCAGUGCCAGACCUUCGGAAGACGGGCAGUACCGCUGCCUUUUUGAAAAAGAUGAUGUCUACCAGGAGGCCAGUUUGGAUCUGAAGGUGGUAGGUCUGGGUUCUUCCCCACUGAUCACUGUGGAGGGGCAAGAAGAUGGAGAAAUGUAGCUGAUGUGCUCUUCAGAUGGGUGGUUCCCACAGCCCCACGUGCAGUGGAGGGACAUGGAAGGAAAGACGAUACCAUCAUCUUCCGAGGCCCUGACUCAAGGCAGCCAUGGGCUGUUCCACGUGGAGACAUUGCUAAGGGUCACAAACAUCUCCGCUGUGGACGUCACUUGUUCCAUCAGCAUCUCCUUUUUGGGCGAGGAGAAAAUCGCAACUUUUUCUCUCUCAGAGUCCAGGAUGACGUUUUUGGGGAAGACACUGCUUGUUUGGGGAUUGCUUCUUGCUGUGGCUGUAGGCCUGCUCAGGAAGAGGAGCUGA